UCAUUUUCUGAAGUCCUAUUCUCUCAGCAACUACCAUAUAUAAUCAAAUCCCAUCCUCAAAACAUUUCCACACACCCAAAAUCAUAAAACACAAAAAUAUCUCUCAAAUAAAAAAAAUGAAAUGACAGAUUGAGUGGUGGCUGAUCUAAAUCUAUAUCUAUAUAUAUAUAGAAAAUUACAAAAUUUGUACUCCACAGAGAGUUAAUCAGUGAGUAGUGACCAAAAUGGGUACUUGUAUUUGGCCUCAAAAUUUGUCUAAGAGAUUGGUUGAGGAGCUGAUUCAAGGCAGGGAGAUGGCGACCCAGCUUCAGCUUAUGCUUCAUAAGCCUCCUUUUGGAGAACAUGGUGGUGGGUCGGUCAAAUCAUCAUCAGCUGAAGAGCUUGCUUCAAAGAUUUAUAACUCUUUUACACAAACUCUUUCUGUGGUGGCUGGCUAUAACAACAUUAAUAAUAUUAUUAUUAAUAGCAACUCUUCAGAUCAGACUUCUCAGGUCAACCCUGACCAGGCUUCACAUUGUGAUGAGCCGAGUUCUGAUGAUUCCGGUGAGAGUAAAAAGAGAUCAUCUUCGGCUAUCAAAGAUCGGAGAGGAUGUUAUAAGAGAAGCAGAAAGAACUCUCAAUCAUGGACCACCACUGUAUCCACACUAGAAGAUGGUCAGGCUUGGAGAAAGUAUGGCCAAAAGGACAUCCUUAAUGCUGAAUACCCAAGGGCUUACUUUAGGUGCACACGCAAGUAUGAUCAAGGUUGCCGAGCCACAAGACAAGUCCAACAGAUACAAGACAAUCCUAAACUGUACCAAACCACAUACAUCGGUGAGCACACAUGUAAAAACAUUCUUAAAGAACCCCAAAUGAUCAAAGAUUCGGAGUAUACUUGGGAUUCUGCACCUAAUAAUCUCAAUGUGGUCACUACUACUACUUCUCAUCACUACAAUAAUGCCUCAAAAUCCAUUGUUAAAGAAUCUGAUGAUGCUGCUCAGGAUGUCAAGCCAAUUAGGGAACCUAGUACUACUACCACCGACUCAUGUUUAUCAGACAAACUUUCCUUGGAUGAUCAUAAUGAGAUUAUUAAUCUGUGGCCCUCGGAGCUUAAGGAUCUUGAGUUGUCAGAUCCUUCAAUGGGUUUCUUGUGUCCGAGGCUAGGCGGGUCUGGUAGUCAUGAUCAUGAUAAUCAUGUUUCUAUAAUGUUCUCAUUUGGGGACCGUACAACUUGUAGUACUAGUGCUACUUCUCAGAGUUUUGACAUGGAUGAGUUUGUAGACACGUCCAUAGAUUUUCGCAGCUGUGAUUUUGAGUUUGAUGAGAAUGAGUUUCACCUAGGAAUCUAGGAUCCUUGUGAAGAAGAAGAAGAAGAGAGUAAUUUCAGAGUGUGUACUACUACUUUUAUAUAGAUGUAUGUAUGUAUGUAUGUACUUUUGACAUUUGUAUUUUCGUGUAAACGAAAUCCUUUGCCAACUUGUAGUGAAAUAAUCAAAUUAGAAUAAUAUUAACAGUGAUGUUUGCACAGUA